GUUUGGAAUAUGGAUAGAGUAAUACUGAUACACGAUAAAUUAAUGGAUUUCUCCGGAACAGGAGCAUGUUUACCCUAGGUAUUUUCAAGUUGAGGAUUCUAUGUUCUUGAGGCAAAAGAGAUUCAACAGAUGGAACUCUUAUACUUUCUUCACCGCGUUAGAAGAUAACUUCACUUCCAUUUCUUGAUCAUAUUAUAAGAAGCCUUGGUUUGAAGAAUAAUCUCUAUUGGAAAUUUAUGCAAAGAUGUCCUGAAAGGGAUGAGCAAGGGAGGCCUGAUGGUAACAAAUACAACGGUAGCAUCUAUAUGGUCUUUGAAUACAUGGACCAUGAUUUGACGGGUCUUGCUGAUCGUCCUGGUAUGCGAUUCACAAUUCCCCAAAUCAAGUGCUAUAUGAAGCAGCUCUUGACAGGACUUCACUACUGUCAUGCCAAUCAAGUACUGCAUCGUGACAGUAAAGGAUCUAAUCUUCUUAUAGAUAAUGAAGGAAAUCUGAAGCUUGCAGAUUUUGGUUUGGCUCGAUCAUUUUCUAAUGAUCACAAUGCUAAUCUAACAAAUCGUGUUAUUACCUUGUGACCUCCUGAGCUGCUUCUUGGAACCACCAAGUAUGGUCCUGCUGUUGAUAUGUGGUCUGUCGGUUGCAUCAUGGAAAGGCCAUUUUGCCAGGAAAGAACAAGGUAAGUAAUUUGCUGUGAACCUGUAAGUUUUUGUUUUGAAGUCAACAAGUCAAGGGUGUUGGCGUUUCAGCUUCAUAAUCAAUGUACUUAAUCCGUAAACAUGAUUAUAUAGAACUCACUGAAAUCAUGAUACACCCUAGUAUUUACAUGCUCUACAACAUCCGAAAUAGGUAUGAAAACAAUCAUUACUUCCUGGCAAUAGCUGCACAUAAUCUCUAAUAGUUGCACAACCAAUACAUAGUAAUUUCUGAAUUGAUUAAUAUCAGUAAGAGCAGAAUAGAAGCAUGACACAUAAUUCUAUAAGUAUAAGAAGAAGAAAACAUAAAUCAUCAAGUAAUUAAGGGUUCAAUGACUUAGCUUCUACUUCUAUUUCCUCUUGCUUGAUCAAUGGCAAUUCACAAAAUUCUGGAUAUAUACAAGAGGUUAGAAGAGAGCUUAGUCAUCACUUAAAUAGCUUAUGUGUCAUCCAACCUGUCCAUCAUUAGUUGGAUGACAGCUCACCAGGUGAAUCAUGCUUAGUCAACAUGACACCUAAGAUGUCCUUAAGCUAAUCUUAAUUCCUUGAUUUAACUCUAACCUUUCCUUAAUCUGGCAUACACUUAAUCCAGCUUAGAUUAGAACUAAACAUAGAUUAGCUUAACCUAAGCCUAAUUUGUUGCUAAACCAACAUAAAGUCUAACAUCCCCACUUUGAUUAGCAACAAAUUCUUUACUGAAAACUACAAGCUAAAGAUAAAAGCACGUUAGUAUUCGAUUAUGAAGACCUAUACACCAUUUAAAAGAUGCAUACGCCAUUUCCAUAAUCAGAAAACUAAGACGUACAACAAUUCUAAGCUAAACUUUAUGCAUUCAAUUGAUCUUUACAACAAAGAUUUGUAUACUUCAAAAUUGAGUAUUCUAGAUGAUCACUGAAAAGAUCGUUCGUCUCAAUUAAGGGACUUCUAUAUAAUCAUAAUUGAGAUCAUUAUUUCUGAUGCUAGAGAUUAUCCCAUGAUCUCAAAAGAUUUGCCAAUGUCUCAUUUAUUAUUACAACUGAGAUUGUACCUCAUUCGAGAGAAUUCUUUAGGUCUUAUUCGAAGGACUCUUUAGCCUCGAAAUAGUUGUUUAUAUCUCUGCUAUGAGAUUUCUUUAUAAUCUUAACUUAAGAUUUACACCAAUGUCUCAAUUAAGAGACUACAGUAAAAAUAAAUUCUUAAUGAUCUCUGAAGAAAUCUACACCAAUAUCUCAAUUAAGAGAUUACAGUAAAUGUCUCAAUCUUAACUGAGAUCUGCCAAUGUCUUCGUCAAAAAACUACCGCAAGUUCUUUACGACCUCAACUGAGAUCUGCCAAUGUCUCCGUUGAGAGACUACAGCAAAUGACCUACACCAAUAUCUCGGCUAAGAGACUACGGUAAAUGAUCUCAAAAGAGAUCUGUUAAUGUCUCAAUUAAGAAACUAUAAUGAACUCUUUAUAAUUUCACUUUAAUGUCUCAUUUAAGAGACUACAUCAAGAUUCUUUAUGAUCUCAACUGAGAUAUGCUAAUACCUCAUUUAAGAGACUAUAACAAAGCUUAAAUUCCUUAUGAGAUUUCUCCGAAGAGAAUUUUCUGUAUUGUUCUCAAUAAUAUAGAUAGCAAGAACACAUGUAAGUGAUAAUGAAACAAAAAUAUCAUACUCCCACUGCUCUGUGGAAUUCUGCAGCUAUCUAUACUUCAUCAUUCUAUGUUCAGAUAGUAUGAAUUGCUUACAACAACAACAACUAUCUAUGUUUAGAUGAUAUUAACAACACUAGCAUAUGAAACUUCAUAUAACUAUAAAUCAGAACUACCAAUUGUUAUUGAAACUGUAUGAUAAUAAAAUUCUGAAUUCAGACUCAAUACACCACGACUUCAUCUUUGGGUAAACUUGUGAUAUACUAAAGUCCUAACAAAAAACAAGACUAACCAGCCUAUACACAGUACUCAACGGACCUUUUAAACCUUUGGGUCGAAAAGACCUAUCAUGUACUAUGUAUAAAUAGAUUAUCUUGCUCCAUUACAGACGUUCAAGCAUGAUUAACCUUUGGGUGUCGUCAUACAAAAAACAUCUGAAACACAAUUUUAUAUAGUCCUUUCGUAACGAAAUAUGUAGCUUUUAUCAGCUCCCUAAGUGUCACUUUGGCGACACAUGGAAACGAUAAAAGUUACAUCAAGACUACUACAAUCAUCACUUGUUCUCAUUAAAUUUCUUUCAUCACUCUCAAAGCAUCAUUUUGUAACGCUUAGUCGAGUAAUGAAAAGGUACAGAUUACAUAUAAUUACAAUUUUCAGAAAACUGAAAAUCGAACGACAUAGAUACAACAAACUAAUAUACUAUGAAGUUCAAAUAAAUCUGCACCAUAAAGGAGAACAUACCUGAAGCUUGAUGCUGAACAUACCUUCAUAAUAAUCCAGAUUCUGAUGAUUGUCAUAAACCCAUGGAACUCCUGAGCAGAGGAAAAAACUUUUGCUCCCACUGAACCAGGGUAGUGCUCACGUCAAAAACAUUCAGAAAUCAGCCACCGGUAUGACUAAUAUUUAGCAGACCCUUAAGUCAGGAACAUUGUGAGGCUGUUGUGCUCCGAUGAUCUGAGAAAUAUUACCCACAGAGGUAUCACAGGGAACCUAUACAAGAACGAAAAUUGGUGAACUCAGAACGAAAAUUGGUGAACUCAGAUCAACUCUUCCACUGCCAACCCAAGGUACUUGCUCUUUGGUAGAGUGCACCACCUGCGAGACUAACAUCCAAAAACAGAACAAGUCCAAAAAUUUCAUUGCUAUCUUUGAUCUGUAUUGAAGGUUCUGUAUUAUAUGCUCAUACAAUAUCUUCAUGAGCAAUGGAACUGUAUCUUUGAGUGCUACUUAUGCUAUAAAAGCAUAAGAACUCAAUCUACCAUCCAUUCCAGAGUCCCGUAAAUCAUUUGCAGUUAGUGAUGCUCUAGCAUUUCACCAUUAUCAGAUGGAAAAAAAACUUCCCUGUCAUGGAGCAUGACCGGAUUAUGAGCUUUCCGUAAGCAAGAACUAAUGCUGUCUCCGCCUUCUUCUAAUUAGGUAUUAACUGGCUGGAAUCCUGAUGCCCAUUGUACCAGCAUAUUAAUUCUCUAUCUGAACGUAUCCGAGCCUAAAUCAAAGAGUUUACCAUCACUUGUAACUGCAGUUGUGUGUUCAGCGCCGGCAAUAACCAUUUUGAACAAUAUCCCCUGGAAGCUUAAACCUUUUGCAGAACAAGUGAGUCCUCAAUGGUGCAUUUGCAGUUACAUACACGGAUACAAAUUAACUUUCUUCUUCAGACUCCAACUUUUCGCCAUUCAUGAGACUUUGCAGCUACAUCUAGAGCCUAAACAUCAGCUGAUGGCUUCUUCCAGCAUAUCCCCAAUAACCAACGGAAAACUUUGCCCACCUAGAACCAUUACUUGUCCAUAUGAGGCCCUGUAAUUGAUGGGCUUGAAACAGCUGGAGUAGGCGAGACAACCAUCACGAUAUGGCCCAUACCUAUAAGAUAAACUUCACCAGGUUGUGUGUAGCAUUUAGAGUUGUCCUCACAUUUUUCUAAAGCCUGCAUAACCGAAAGAUACACGCAUUCCAUAUCGUUAACUACAGCUGCCAUAUGCAGAGCAGUUACAUUCAUUUCCAGCAGCAAGCAAUACUUUAACCAACUCGCUGCCACUGAUGUGCAACCUUUAUAUUUCUAAAUGACUGCUGCACAAUCUGUGUAUUUCUGGAUCCAUUAUGCCCCAUUCUGAAGUUUGGUGCUUGAUUCAAGCACAGCGACAGAGGUCAAUGGAGAACACACAAGAACACUUCCAAUAGGUAACUAAACCAAAACUGUAUUCUGUAUACACCCUAGUUGAAGAACUAGUUGAAGAACAUGAAGUAACUAGGGGAAAUAGAAGUAGAAUGUUGCCAUUUCAGCUUCAUAAUCAAUGUACUUAAUCCGUAAACAUGAUUAUAUAGAACUCAUAGGCUGAAAUCAUGAUACAUCUUAGUAUUUACAUGCUCUACAACAUCUGAAGUAGGUAUGAAAACAAUCAUUACUUCCUGUCAAUAGCUGCACAUAAUCUCUAAUAGUUGCACAACCAACACAUCGUAAUUUCUGAAUUGAUUAACAUCAGUAAGAGCAGAAUAGAAGCAUGACACAUAAUUCUACAAGUAUAAGAAGAAGAAAACAUAAAUCAUCAAGUAAUUAAGGGUUCAAUGACUUAGCUUCUACUUCUAUUUCCUCUUGCUUGAUCAAUGGCAAAUCACAAAAUUCUGGAUAUAUACAAAAGGUUAGAAGAGGGCUUAGUCAUCACUUAAAUAGCUUAUGUGUCAUCCAACCUGUCCAUCAUUAGUUGGAUGACAGCUCACCAGGUGAAUCAUGCUUAGUCAACAUGACACCUAAGAUGUCCUUAAGCUAAUCUUAAUUCCUUGAUUUAACUCUAAUCUUUCCUUAAUCUGGCAUAUACUUAAUCCAGCUUAGAUUAGAACUAAACAUAGAUUAGCUUAACCUAAGCCUGAUUUGUUGCUAAACCAACAUAAAGUCUGACAAAGGGAACUAUGAGCCUUCACAUGGACACCACGAGACUGAUAUGUAGACCUGGAAAAUAAGAUGAAAUCAACUAAAUCUCAUAGAUUCAGACCCAGUUUUUCUUAACAUUUGGAUUCAGCUAAUGUUAGAGCAUAUGGUGAAUAGCUGUAUUACCACACUUGUAUGCUAUGCAAGUAUGAUGUACUCAUGAAUCACAACACUCCACUCUCAUCCACACCAAAGGUCUCUUAUUCCAAUUGUAUACAUACUCUAAGUUGAAUGGUUUAGGAAAUAUUUUAGUUUCAGCCAAAAUAAUAGUUAGGCAGUAUAUUACGUCAAAUGAUUAGGGAAUUUUGGUUAAGAAAGUUAUUAGACUGCUAACUGCGCAAUACACACAACACUUUGGGUAAAUAAUUUGGGUCCUACACAUCUACUGGUAGUAGCCAAAUACAGUAGUAGUAUAUGUAUCGCCAGCUUUGUAUGUACCUAAGCUCAUUUCAAGUCAUUAUCUUCUGUAUGGAGAUGUGCUCUACUUAAUUGUUUUUUUUAUUUUAGAUCAGUUUUGUUCACUUAGUCAUUAUUAGUAAAGUAUAAACUUCAAAUCUUACAGAAAAAUCUUAGUCACUCUUAGUAACAAUAGCCCCCUUGAUUUGUUGGAGGGAUCUCUGUCUGAAAAAAAGUUCAGCUCCUAGUGUAAGUAAACUUUGCAGUCUUUGCUAAAUGUUGAGUCAGUUGUGCUAAAAGUGAUAUGGCUUGUAUAAUUAACUCAAUAAAUUCAGGAUUGUUAGACUCCCCCUUCAAAAGUUUUUUGUGAGUUUGCAUCUCCCAUUACGGUUACCUUGACUAAUUUUAUGCUGUUCAUACUCAUACUACUCUAGGACAUCAUGCAACUGGUUGAUUUCUAACUGUUAUAAUUUCACUUCGGUUAACCUGAUUUAUUUUCAUUUUUAAUUUAAACUUCUCAUGAAUUACUAUCAUCUCUCUUUAGUAAUUACUAUCAUCUCACUUUAGUAAUUCAUGAGAUAUGUUUUAUGUUCUUGACCAGCUCUAGUUACAAUAUCAUCUCUCUUUUAGUGUAUAUUGUGUAAUAUGUUUCUUUCCUCUUAUAAGGAGUAUGAAUUAUUAGUCUCUACAAUUAGUUAAGUUCUGGCAAAAAUUACAUCUUCAGUUUAGAGGUAGUUUCUAUGAGAAUGAAUAGAUAGGAAGCUAUCAUUCUAUAUGCCAAGUGCCCAAUGUAGUACGCCUCAUCCGAGUCGGCCGAGUUACUCGCGAGUAACUCGGGGAUCGGCCUCUGGACGGCAUGACCCCUCAAUACUCGGCCGAGCCGUGUAUUUCACAUUUACUCGCCGAGUUCCGAGUCAAACGGAACCCGAUUAACUCGGUAAAGUCUAGAUAAAAUGGAAAAAAACAGAGAAUUAGGGAAGGAAAUGGAUGGAUCGUGGAGAGCAUAGAUUUCCAUAAAAAAUUGCACUCAAGUUGUCAGUUUUGGUUUAUCUUUUGAACCUUCGAUCCAAAAUUUCUCAAGCUUUUUCUGAUAAAAUGUCAUGGUAGAUAACUAACAGUCUGUAGAUCAAAAGUGAAACCCUAACACUAGCUUGACGCUACCAUAGAAGGAGGAGGACAUGGUGGGUUUUGUUGAAAUAACUGAGAAAGAAGAAAGGAUAAAGUAAGAUAAGGUGGGUUUUGUUGGGAGAAUAAAACGUCAACAGAUAUCCACCCCUUUCUUAUGUAUAAUGUUAAUGUGCUUCACGGAAUUGUAGGUGUAAAUACAUUGCUGAGAUAUUUGGACGGUCAGAUGUGGAGAUUAGAUCUCUUGUGAUACGUGGCUGAUAAAAAUUAGAUUAUGUACAGGCUGUGGCUUACCGAGUUACUCGGCCGGGAUCGGGAAAUACUCGGGGAUCGGUCCUUAGCCGAGCCGGGGCCGAUCCCUGAGCCGUACUACAUUGCAAGUGCCUAAUCUUAGAGAUAUAUAAGGGCAUGGACCUGACUCUAGUGAGAAAGUGGCUUGUAAACUGCAGUUCCUUUUCAGUUUAUACACUCAACAAAUUUAUUGUUCCCGGGUUUUAUCUUGAUGGUUGCUGCCUGUUGUGUUACUUGUCUAUCAAAUAUUGAAUGGAAUCUAUAUUUUGUCUUUUAACUUAUGUUAUUUUUUUUAUAAUUCCAGUGCGUCAUUGUAAGCGUAUGCUGAAUAUUAUUGUUACUCAUGAAAUAUGAUUUAUUGUUACUCAUGGGGAUAAUAGUACGGCAUGAACCCAAUAAUGUACGGACGAGACGGCCUGAAUAAAUUUUUGAGGUGUGGGUUACUCAUGAAAUAUGAUUUAUUGUUACCUGUAGCAGCAUUUGUAUGUCUGGUCAAGUUUGGAUUGACCUUGAUGUGUUGUUACACUAUGAACCCCUUCUUAUGUGAGAGGUAUUUAAUUUUAGUUCAUUGAUUGAUUCUGACAAUGAUGUAUAUUGUAACUUCCGGUGUUCUUAGUAUCAAUCGAUU